AUGGCAGGUGCACACAAAACAAAACUGAACUAUAAUCCUCCCAAGGAUGAUGGAUCUAUGUAUAAAAUUGAACUUGAAGGGAUAUCUGUUGACACCAUGAAAGAGAUUCUGGACUACAUCUUCAGUGGCCAGAUCAGACUAAGUGAAGACACCAUCCAGGACGUGGUACAAGCUGCUGACUUGUUGCUGCUUACAGACCUAAAAACUCUCUGUUGUGAGUUCCUGGAGGGUUGCAUUGCUGCUGAAAACUGUAUUGGAAUUCGGGACUUUGCACUACACUACUGUCUGCUCCACGUUCACUACCUUGCCUCGGAAUAUCUUGAAACGCACUUCCGGGAUGUCAGCAGUACAGAAGAAUUCCUGGAACUAAGUCCUCAAAAACUAAAAGAAGUGCUGUCUUUGGAGAAGUUAAAUGUUGGGAAUGAGAGACAUGUUUUUGAAGCAGUCAUUCGUUGGAUCUCCCACGAUCCUGAAUUAAGAAAGGUUCAUAUGAAGGAUGCUAUGUCAGCUGUGUGGGUAACUGGAUUGGACUCUACCUACUUGCGUGAACAAAUGAUGAACGAGCCAUUAGUUCGGGAGAUUGUCAAAGAAUGUAGCAACAUUCCACUCACCCCUCCCCAGCAAGGAGAGGCAAUGCUUGCUUCUUUUAAACCCAGAGGAUACUCAGAGUGCAUUGUGACAGUUGGGGGCGAAGAAAGAGUCUCCAGGAAGCCCUCAGCUGCAAUGCGAUGCAUGUGUCCUCUGUAUGAUCCGCACAGACAAUUGUGGAUAGAACUGGCUCCUUUGAGUACACCCAGGAUAAAUCACAGUGUACUUUCUGCAGAGGGAUUCCUGUUUGUCCUCGGAGGUCAAGAUGAAAAUAAAACUACACUAAAUUCAGGUGAAAAGUAUGAUCCAGAUACCAAUUCAUGGAGCCCUUUGCCACCAAUGACUGAGGCACGGCACAACUUUGGUCUGGUCGAGAUUGAUGGAGUGUUAUAUGUUUUGGGAGGUGAGGAUGGAGAACAAGAGCUCAUCUCCAUGGAGUCCUAUGACAUUUACAAUAGGACAUGGACAAAGCAACCAGACCUAACCAUGAUUAGGAAGAUUGGUUGCUAUGCAGCUAUGAAAAAGAAGAUCUAUGCAAUGGGUGGUGGUUCCUAUGGCAAGCUCUUUGAGUCUGUGGAAUGUUAUGACCCGAGGACUCAGCAGUGGACGGCCAUCUGCCCACUGAAAGAGAGAAGAUUUGGGGCGGUGGCAUGUGGAGUCGCUUCAGAGCUCUAUGUCUUUGGUGGAGUAAGAAGCCGUGAUGAUAAUCAAACCAGUGAGAUGGUGACGUGCAAAUCUGAAUUCUACCAUGAUGAAUUUAAAAGAUGGAUCUAUCUGAGUGAUCAGAAUUUAUGCAUCCCAGCCAGUUCUUCGUUUGUGUAUGGAGCUGUGCCCAUUGGGGCCAGUAUAUAUGUGAUUGGGGAUCUUGAUACAGGUACCAGUUACGAUUACGUUCGAGAAUUCAGAAGGAGCACUGGAACCUGGCACCCUACGAAACCUCUCUUCCCAUCAGAUCUUCGCCGGACCGGAUGUGCACCUUUGCGAAUAGCCAACUGCAAACUCUUCCGUCUCCAGCUCCAGCAAGGGUUGUUCCGGAUCCGUGUUCCUUCUCCUUGACCGGUCUUCACACAGCUGGGAAGAGCGUUAGAGAAAGCCCAUUGUAAUGAUAUAGCUUUAUAUAACGGAGAAACAAACAUCUUGCAGCAGAAAUUUAAACAGUAUGCUCGGCUUUGGUAUGGUAACCGUUCUAACUUUUCUUUAACUGCUUAAAUGCUUAAGCCUCGGCCUUUGUUUGGAGCAGCUCACUGCAGACUGAAAAAUUGUCAGGGAGGCAACGAGAGGCCCAGUUAUUUAAAUAUAUUAAGCCAUGCUGCUGGGACCAUUUCUUUGUUUCCAGUGAAGAACAGUAGUGUAAAAAUGGAAACCUGUUGAAAUGGGGGAGCAUCUGCAGGAUGUGUUUUCACUGAGGGGGAAUGGUUGUGAGUAACAGUGUGGUGCUCACCUUGGGGAGCAUUGGUGGUACAAGAAAUACUGAAUGAAAAUCAAUCUCUCUGUGAUGCCAAAAGAGACUUUUAACUCCACUAGGAGAAAAAUGGGCAACUGAACCUUUAUUUCACAGCUUUCCUUGCAAUUUGAGGCCUCUGCCUAAAAGGACAGAAUUAUAUGUAAACCAUUGUUCACUGUGUUUCAUUCCUGGGAAUUUUUUUUUUAAUUGAAUGGACUAAACUAAACCAAGCUAAGCAUUGUACUACAAAAGGGAACUAAAUAUUACACAGAUCUUUGUUAUUUGUGGAUUAUCAUGCAGCCAUUGUAGAUCUUAGUAAUGGGUCUCAAAUCAUGAGAUGAAUUUCAGAAGUGCCAUAUGAAUGGGGCAGAUAGCACAUAUUUGGGGGUAGGGGCGGGAGAGUGAUAACGCAAGGAGGGUAUUCCCAGACACUUUGGAUGAAAGAUGCUGCAGUUUUCCAGGAGUGAAAACAUUCCUAACAGUAGUAGUACAGAAAAAAGGGAAGAAAGGCAGAAGGUUGGUUUUUAUCUUCUUGCAGAGGAGGUGGGGGGGGGUGAAACUAUUAAUACAUUUCAGACACUGUCUGGAGAAUUAUAUUGGGAUCAAACAUUGGUGUAAAAAUUACCUCUUUCUAAGAAAAUUGUGCUGAAUAUUGUUAAUACAAUUACAGUGAAGGUUUUAUUUUUUCCAUUUUUUAAUUUUAUUUUUUUGAUCAUAGAUAUUAAUAUUUAAUUAAAAUAUGGAUAAUUUGCUAGUGACAAUACUGUUUACCUUUCUACUUAAACGUUAUUUUGUUACGUUGUUAGUGACGCUCUAUAACCUAAAAGCAAAAAAGGGGUUACACAGUUGUAAUAUUCCAUAGUCUUGCACUGCAGUUUCUAGAAAUGGUGUCGUUGCAACAAUGGCAUUGUUUUCCGUUGUAUAUGUUUCCCCAGUAAUGCAUAUUAUUGGGCCAAAUGUUUACAGUAAUGUGAAUCCAGUGGAAUUUCUGUUGAUGUCUUAGAGCAGAGAGUGAGCAAAGGUGGCUUCCAGAAGUUCCUGAAAUACAGCUUCUGUCAUCCUUCAUUGCAGAAGGCUGGGGCUUCAGCAGUUGUGGUUCCAUAAUAUGGAGGUCCACAUCCUCCCCACCUUAUCUUAGAAAAUCCAUAUAUUGACAGGAAGGCUGUACUCAGUACACAACAGCAUGACUGACUAUAAUAUCUGGGUUCAAAAUCAAAUACUAAGCACAUUUUAAAGUUUUGUGUAUAUUGAGAGAAGAGAUCUGCUAUGCAUUCCUCUGUAUAUCUACUCACAGAUAUAAAGCCCGUUAAAUUUGUUGAGGGCUUGUUUUCAGAUCAGAAGCACAUGCUUACCGUGUCCUCCGUGGGUUAGCUGGAUCUUGCUCAUCCUUUACAAAAAUCAAAUCAUGUAACAUUUAGAUAAAGGAUAUAUUGCACACAUUCAAGUCACAAGAAGGGGCUGCAAAUAUUGCUCCAAAGUUUUGUUUUGUUUUUUGACAUCAGAAGCUUUGUGGAAAGUUUGAAAGCUUGCCCCUUGGAGUAUUCCAUCUUCUCCCAAAGGCUCUUAAUGGUUCUCUCUGCCUUAGUGAAAUACAUGUCCUUUUGUUCAUAGCAACUGUUUCCCCUCCUCACAAUCCCCACCCACCUUGCCUUCCAGUUUAAUACAUAGGGCUUCUUCAGGGACACUCACAGCAAAAGGUCUGCAAGGGUUCUCUUGAGUUGUUUCUGGCUCUCUCAGUUUACUAAUAUCCAAAACCUAGAGAACGAUCCAGUUGGGUCUUUAUAAGUUGUCAUUCCUUGGGAUUCUCUCUAGUAUCAUUCCAAUGGGAGCAAGGGGGAAAAAAUUGAUUUGAAAGUAUAAAAGAAAUAACAGACAAGAAAGAUGUGUGUGUGGCCUGCUUAGUUUGGGGGAAUGUGCUAAAUGUUAGGUGAUCAUCCAUCCGGUAUUCUAUCCUUUUUAUUGGAACAAUUUCUCAUUUUGGGUGGAAAAUUUUGGGUGCAUUUUCAAUUCUGCCAUUUUUAUGUUGUUGUUUUUUAUUGUCUCUCCUCCAUUGGAAGUCCUCAGCAGGAGCAUUUUUUUCUUCCUUUGACCCAAAGCUCUCUCUUUCCCCAAACAAGCCCUCCUCUAGUUCUUGAAAGUGAUUGUGGCCAGCUGGAGCUUACACCGUGCUUUAUCUGUCAGAUGGUAACUACCUGCUUCAGAAGGAAGACUCCAUACUUUCGAGCCUAAUAAUGUUAGAAUGGAUCUUUGAUUGGUUUCCUUGAGAAUUCAAAGGGCUUGGGGUUAAUUUCUUUUUAAAAUAUUAAAUACAAGUUCCUUGCUAAAAAAAAAAAAAAAAG